AUGGUGAAGGAGGCUGUAACCGAGGCUAUCUCUAGCCUUGCAGCAAGGCUUGAUGAGCAGGAGUCCAAAAUCUUGGAGCUAGAGAUGAAGGCGAAUGCUCAAGCUGCUGAAAUAGAGAAGCUGAGGGAGAGGGAGGAAGCCGCCCAGCAGUCGAUUCUGGCGCUUCAAGUCAAGACUGACGAUAUGGAGCAGUACUCCCGAAGGAAGAACAUCCGUAUCUACGGCAUUGAGGAGAAGGAGGGAGAGUCAACCGACGAGGUGGUGGGAAAUGUUGCGAAGAGGAUGGGGGUGGAAAUAUCCCUAUCUGACAUCGACAGGUCCCACCGCCUUGGACCUGUCAAGGCUGCUGGGGCUGCCGAAAGAUCUGGUUCACGCCCCAUCAUUGUAAAGUUUGCGUCUCAGAACGCAAAGUUCAAGUUCGUCCGUGGGAGGCCUUCUUUGAAAGGAUCAUCGAUUUAUCUCAACGAAGACCUGACACAGCGAAGACAAAAACUCUAUCAUGCGGCCCGACACGCAGGGAAGGUGGAAAAGGUGUGGGCCGUGGAUGGACGCAUCUACGCGGGGCUAAAGGACUCAGCUGGUGGCCUCAAGAAAAAGCUUAUAACUGACAUUAGAGACAUUGACAAUUUAAAGUAG